UGUGACGAAUGCCGCGCAAGAAAGAUCCGGUGCGACAAAAAGGCCCCGUGUUCACCCUGUGUUCAAGCGCGUCGGUCAUGCCUUGCCACGGGUCCCGGCAAAAGACUCUCAGGCGCCCGCCAGAGGGUGCUCAUAUCAACCCAGUACGAACAAAAACUCGACUCUUUCGAUGACCGCCUUCGCAGUAUCGAGCACCACCUGGAGCAGUUCAAUUCUUCCCUUAGCAAGCUAGCGAUAUCUCCCUCUGUCCAGUCCUCCCCACGUGGCCGCAGAGAACCCACCCCCGUCCACCACAAUGAAGAACAGAGAGUCGUCUUUGAGGGAGACUCUUCACUAGCCGCCCACACCAAUUUUGCUCACCAAUUCAUCGGCCAAGCGGUAGGCCAGAUGAUGGCGCCCCCAGAGAGCGACCUCGGCAUGCAGUCAGCCCUAUCCGUGCUUCGUCAGAUCAUCCAGCGGCAGAACAAAAGAUCAACUAGCAAUGACUUGUGUUACCCAGGCCAAAAGCGGCUUCCGCCCGGAGGGUUCAGAGAGUUACCGAUGCCCCCAGCGAGCUUUGUUUUGGAGUGUCUCCGAGAAAUGAAAGACCACCUAAAUGCAGAUACACCAUCGGUGGCGUUCAGCAUGUGGUGCCCCUAUUUGACUUUGGAUAUCUUCACCGACUACUGCCGCCAGAUUUACUUCUCCACCGAAGAGUACACUGCCGGCAUAUUCGCCGUCGUCAACGCCGGACUGUGCUACCUUUUGUGGGAGAGGUCGCUCCAGGAGACGAGUGGAGAUGUCACCACGUACCGGGCUAUGUGUGGGGAUAACCUAACUGCCGUCAUGGGAGACAUCAACCCGUUCCUGCAAGCGACGCGGGAAAACAUGGAGGCUCUAGUUCUUGCGGCGUGCUACGCUCUCGAUGCAUCGAGGCCCUUUCUUGCCUGGCAAAUGAUCUGCCUGUCCGCGCAAGCUUGCCAGACCCUUGGCUAUCACCGGCUCCAGUCACACCAUGACACGCCAGGCAUCGGCGAGACUGCCUUCGAUUCGCGGAAAGAGCUCUUCAACAUGGCCUACACCAUCGACAAAGCGCUGGCUCUUCGGCUUGGCAGGGCGUCGGCAUUCCAAGACUACGACGUUAUCAUGCCCACCUACACCGAGAGCAUAGGCAAGGACCCGCUGCAGAGGCUCUCCGUCUUGUGGUUCCUCCAUUCGCGGCUUCAGGGCAAGAUAUAUGAACAGCUGUUUAGCUCUCAGGCGCUCGCCACGCCCACCGGCCAGAGGGUACAAUCUGCGAUGGCUCUCGCCGAAGAGGCCAAGGCGAUUCUCCUAGAGACUGAGAGGAUGGGCCAAGUAUACGGACACUACAGCAAUGGCGGGCCUUCCGAGGCCGGGGUUCUCUCGGAACUGGACAUUGUCUUCAAGUCGGACAUGGUAUCGCACUACGCCACGCUCGCCCUCAUUUACCGCGCCAUUUCACCCGUGCCGGGCCCAUCGUCCGCGUUCCUCCCCGAGUGCGUCGAGGCUGCGCGGUCCGCCUUUGUGUGCCACUUGCGCUGCAUGCCUAUUUACAAGCCGUCUCUGGGGGCGCAGCUGAGCUAUUUCCACUGGAUCGUGCUCUUCGCCCCGUUCGCGCCCCUGGUUGUCCUCUUCUGCCACGUCGUUCAGGCUCCGAAUUCGGACUCCUCUGGCUCCGACCUCGAGCUGCUGGCCGAGUUCGUGACGUCGCUCGAGCCCACCUGCGCCGUGUCGGAGGCCGUCCAGCACCUGCACCGUCUCGCGCAGACACUGCACAAGAUCGCAUCUCUCUACGUGACGAGCAACAAACCCGCUGUGCCCCCAGAUGCCGGCACCAUCACAAGCGUAGGCUAUGACCCUGCCAUCUUCAACAACUUGGUCCACCCGGUGCAGAUGCCGCCGGAUACGCAGCAGGACGGGUAUGUGGAGGGGAUGACGCCGCUGGCCGAACCGAUGCUGGACAUUCAGUUUGGGGACUGGUUUGUCGGGAACAUGGACAUGGUGGGCCUCUUGGAGGAAGACUUGGCUAGAUUCUGCCCUUAG